CUUAUUGUACUAAGUCCAGCAUUUCUGCAAAGAAAGAACUUACUAAUUCUUCCGACUUCAGAAAUUGUUUCCAAGCCAAUAUUUUCCAAAAAGCACGUAAACUACUUCUGUGUUUCCAACCCAAGCUUAAGAGCUUGUUCUUCCGACGCAAGAAAUUUUCCGGAUACUUCUGAGCCUAAUAUUCCAAAAAGCACGUACAAUACUUUCGUGUUUCCCAGCCAAAGUUUUGUUUUGAACAUAUUUCAGUAAAAUGGCAGCCAAUGAUGUCCCAUGUUGUGAAACAAUGUUUUGGGUAUACCUAGUCAUAUGUGUGGCACUUGUGGCAUUUGCUGGCCUCAUGUCUGGCCUAACCCUGGGACUCAUGUCCCUUAGUCUCGUUGAUCUCGAGGUCCUCAUAAAAGCCGGUCAGCCUGAAGAUAGGAAAAAUGCUGAGAAGAUUCUCCCAAUUGUCAAGAAUCAACACUUACUACUAUGUACCUUACUCAUAUGUAACGCCCUCGCAAUGGAGGCGCUACCAAUUUUCAUCGACGCUCUUCUCCCUGCAUGGGGUGCUAUACUUAUAUCAGUUACUCUCAUACUUGCUUUUGGAGAGAUCAUUCCUCAGGCCGUUUGUUCUCGAUAUGGACUGUGUAUUGGGGCAAGAUUAUCAAUAUUGGUUCGAUUGCUAGUCAUAAUCGUCUUUCCUUUAUCUUAUCCCAUUAGCAAGCUGUUGGAUUUUUUGCUCGGGAAGGGGCAUUCUGUUUUACUACGUCGUGCAGAGCUAAAGACAUUUGUCGAUAUGCAUGCAAACCAGGCUGGAAAAGGUGGUGAGUUAACCUAUGACGAAACCACUAUUAUUUCCGGAGCUUUGGAUUUAACACAAAAAACAGCUAAAGACGCAAUGACACCAUUAAAUGGAGUAUUCUCUCUUGAUCUCAAUGCCAAACUUGACAAUGAUACAUUGAGUCUGAUAAUAAGCAAAGGGCAUAGUCGAGUACCGGUGUACUCAAGAAGUCCAAGUAACAUCGUUGGCCUUGUUCUGGUCAAGAAUUUAAUAAAACGUCGUCCGGAAGAUGAAACCUCUAUCGGGGAUCUCACUAUCAGGAGAAUACCUAGGUUCCUUGAUUGUUUGCCGUUGUACGAUAUACUAAAUCAGUUUCAGAAAGGACAAAGCCAUAUGGCUGUGGUUGUUAAGAGUAGUCAUCCUAAGGAUCCUGCAGAAAUAAUUGCACAAUCUGAUGUACCGAGGAUAAGUCCAAAUUUAACACAAAGACAAGGAAUUAAUUGUUUUUGUGGUCACGGUAAACAAGUGAAUAUGUUCAGGCAGACUUUACAGCCUUCCCCUAGCAAUGUGAAUCCGAGUCCGGGACUGGACAUGAAGAUCAACGAUGAUGGUUUGGAAUCUUUCAUUAAUAAUGAUGAAGAAGUUAUUGGUAUCAUUACAAUGGAAGAUGUACUAGAACAACUAUUACAGGAACCAAUAUUUGAUGAAACUGAUGAAUACGUUGAUGUUCACAACAAAAUCAAGAUUAAUUCGAUUCCUUCGGUUAAACACUCUUCAAAAUCUCCUGGAAUAGCAUCAGCUUCUCAGCCCAACAGACAGACACCGGUUCCAUCUCCAUUUUCGUCUACUCACAAGAUGUCUAUUUCAUAUCUUCAUACGCCAAUACUGCGUUCUCCCAUUUCGCCGUACACUGCUUCACCGAUUGCUAGGCCAACUCUUUCUGCAUCCCCUGGAAACUCUGCCGCAACUUCUCCAGUUGGAUUUACACGCCCACUUUGCAAUUCUCCCUCUACUUAUCAGGUCUCAAGGAAGUCAUAUGAGAAGCUGAGAAAGUCUGGCGGUUCAUAACCAAGUCUGAGAAAGAAUCUAUGCACGAAAAGAUUCCAUUUUGGAACUUAAAAAAUGAAAACUUGCAUUUCAUAAUUGUAAGCAAUUGGAUCGAUAAAAUGUCCCAUGUGGUUGAUUAUCAGACAUAACACUUUUAAAAUCAAGAUUCUGUUUCUUGCUCCCCAGAAGAGUUCCUGCAGAAAUCUGAAACCUCUUGGGCAUUUAGAUACAAAACUAGUACAUAUUUUCCCUUUCAUCUUGAUUUGUCAUUUACUUGUGCAAAUUGUUAUUGUUCCAAGUUAGUUCGGGGCUUACAACGUGAGUCCUUUUUUUAUUAUUAUUUAUGUUUUUAC